CGUCGCUCGGCCCCUUUCCGUGUCGGCCCUCGCAGAGGGAGCAUCGCGCGCUGCCGCCACCGCCCGGCCCGCCCCGCCCCGCGCCGCCGCCAUGGCCAAGGCCGAGUCCCCGAAGGAGCCAGAGCAGCUCCGGAAACUUUUCAUCGGCGGCCUCAGCUUUGAAACCACAGACGAGAGCCUGCGCAGCCACUUCGAGCAGUGGGGCACCCUCACCGACUGCGUGGUGAUGCGGGACCCCAACACGAAGCGCUCGCGGGGCUUCGGGUUCGUCACCUACUCCUCGGUCGAGGAGGUCGACGCCGCCAUGAACGCGCGGCCACACAAGGUGGACGGCAGGGUGGUGGAACCCAAACGGGCCGUGUCCAGAGAGGACUCGCAGCGGCCCGGCGCGCACCUGACGGUGAAGAAGAUCUUCGUGGGCGGUAUCAAGGAGGACACGGAGGAGCAUCACUUGCGGGACUACUUCGGCCAGUAUGGCAAGAUCGAGGUCAUCGAGAUCAUGACCGACCGCGGCAGCGGCAAAAAGCGCGGCUUCGCCUUCGUCACCUUCGACGACCACGACUCGGUCGACAAAAUCGUCAUCCAGAAGUACCAC